UCUGGCUCCGAGGCAGUCCGUUAUUAAGGAGAUAAAAUAAUAUACGGAGUUUUACCUUCUUCAUUUAUAGAUUUAAACCGCCCUCAGUUUCAGGUGCGUCGUUUUCUAACCUUUGAGGAUGAAUCCAGUUUGGUUUAUCCUGUCGAUCAUACUCCUGCCACUGACAACUGUUCAAGCUGUCAUCUACAAGAAACCAGGAGACACAGUUCUCCUUAGUCCAGGCUCUGUGACUCCUCCCAUCACCAGUAUAACAUGGAAACAUAAUUCAAACCUGGCUGCAGAGUGGAACGGAGGAGGCGCCAUUGACUUCUACCGGGAGUUCAAAGGUCGCUGUAUACUGAAAACUGAAAGUGGAGAGUUGACCAUCACAAACCUGACACUAAAGGACAGUGGCAGCUACACACCAGAGAUCAACAACAGAGUCUUGGGUACAACUGAAAUCAAGUUCAUGUCUGGCGUCCCUACACCAACUAUCGCCAUGAGCUGUGACGAUGAAAAGACCCACUGUGUUCUCACCUGUGAAGGCGACACUACAGACUCUGAACCAGUCACCUACACCUGGUGGUCAGGUGAUGUGGUGAAAAGUGAAACCAAGGAGUUUAAAAUAACAAAGGAGGAGACAACGUCUUUCUUCAGGUGUAAGAUGGAAAACCUAGUCAAUUCUCAAUUCAGCAAACAAGUCGUCAACCCAGUCCUCAUCUCCAACACAGAUAAUCCAGACAUGUACAGGAAAGUGGGAGACAGUCUUGUCCUUAGUGUAUCCUCUAAAGAUGCUACUAUCACUAGUAUAGUCUGGAAACAUGGAUCCAACGGUGUUGUGGAGUGGAACAGAGGUGAACCUGUCUACAACAAGGACUUCAUAGGUCGCUGCAGGUUGAACUCCAGAACUGGAGAGUUGAUCAUCUCAGGGCUGAAACCAAAGGACAGCGGCAGCUACACAGUAGAGAUCAACGGUGACGCCAUCAAGACAACUAAAAUCAAGGUUAUCUCUGGCGUCCCUACACCAACCAUCUCCAUGAGCUGUGACGAUGAAAAGACCCACUGUGUUCUCACCUGUGAAGGCGACACUACAGGUGUUGAACAAGUCACCUACACCUGGAAGUCAGGUGAUGUGGUGAAGAGUGAAACCAAGGAGUUUAAAAUAACAAAGGACGAUACGGAGCCUUCGUUUACCUGUGAGUUAGAAAACCCAGUCAGCUCUGAACGCAGCAGAGAAGUCCUCAACCCUUUCAUCUCCUCCCCCUCUUCCCCUCCUCCCCCUUCCUCCACCUCCAUCACUGGGAAUCGGACUCUGUUUAUACCAAUCUUGGUAUUGGUGCUCCUCAUUCUGCUGGUCGUGGUCAUCGUCUUAUAUAGACUCAAACACAGAAAAGUGGAACCACAAGUGCCAAUCGGUACUGAGUACGACACAGUUCAAGCUAUCAACAACGAUUACGGAAAACUGCCUUCUGAUUACAACGGUAGAACUGUAUACGCCACAGUUGAAUUUGCCAACAGGGACCAAGGACCUGACUGCGCACCAAUGCCUCCUCCUAACUCCAAUGGAACUGUGUACGCCACAGUUCAACGUGUCACUGAUCAACCAGCUCUCCUGGUCCCUUGAGAGGCCCAGUAGUCAGCAGACAUGAACCAAACUGGAAGUAUUUUUAUUAUUAUUUAUACUGUUGCUUGAACAGCUGGGUCCACUUGAAGCAAUGCAUGGGUGUUUAUGUGUAGCAUUAUGAGUGAAACAUUCAAAGAAGAAAAAAUUACAAAGAAAACAUGCAAACUCCAUGUAUUUAACAGUUGUAGUCAAAUUUGUCUGUGUGUAUUUAUACAUUUGUUUUGUUGUAUUUUCUUUGACAAAAGAGCUUUCUGCUGGUAACCGCCUGUAAUAUGCACUUUGUAUUUCCACUGUGCCUGACCCAGUGAGACCUGAAUGUGUGAGUGAGGUAGAGAAACCGCACAGUUAGUUUAUUGAGUUUAUUUAAGGUUAUUUUGUUUUCCAUAUGACUUGAGAUUCCUCUUUCCUGCAGCUCAUUCUUGCAGUGACAGCUAUGGACGGUUGCCCUAUGAUAUUAAUAUUAUUAUGUCUUCUCAGGGAUCCUAUUCAAAUUCCCUCAAAGUAUUACGAUUUAAAAAUGAUAUACAUUUACUCUGAUGCAGAACUCAUUUAACUGGACGAAAGAAAGCUGCUGAUUACUGCUACUAUCGGGCCAAAGACGAUUUUAGAAAAGACCUUCCUCUCUACAACUGAAGCUAUACUGCUGACUGCACUAUGGUUAGUGCAGGCAACCAAGUAUUUAUUUGUUUAAUUUGUUAAAUUUGUUAGUUCUUCUUAAAUGGACAUUCGUCACCAAUCAGAUGUCCCUACACAAAACAACCUGUUUUUACUGUAGUUUGAAUUGUAAUCAAAUUUGUCUUUAUGUAUUUAUCCAUGUUUAUUGUUGUAUUUUUGCUUCGUGGAAGUUUUUAUUCACUCAAGUUCAAUUUUUCUGACAAACAUCAAAAUAUAAUUAGGGCAUGCUUUUGGAAAAUGUAUUACAAUGAAUGAUAUGAAUUUUAAAUACAUGCUGCUUUUACAAUA